AUGUAUGAGAGAGUUCACCACCGAACCCCGGUUCCGCUCCACGAUUGUUGUAUAACCAUCCUCGAGAGAUGGCACGACCAUCGUCCAUCUAGGCGUCCUCCUCCGACUCACUCCGACCGGCGUUCACUUUCAUGCACCGUGGCGCGAGUGUUCAGUUCAUCGUGCAAAGCCGACGUCGCGUGUCGCAGUGACAGUCCGCGUACCAACUGUGCAUUUGUUGUUUUGGUUUUGGACACGAGUCAGCGUGGACUACCCUCUGUGUCCUUUGUUGUUAUACCUUCGAGGACUUCAAGGUGUCGACUCUGUAGGAUUGCAGGUGUUCUAGGAGCUGGAUUUGGGAAGAACAUUCGUGGUUGAACGUGUUGUAAAGUGUUGCUGAUUGGAUUCGUCCCAGAAACUUUAUAGUAAACAGGUA